UUGAUCUAUAAGGCGUCGAAAAUUCGACACGUACUACUUACCGGAAGAAAAUAUGACAUAUUUCGUUAUUUUGCUAAAUAUAUUGACCAUUUAGAUAUCAUUAUGGGUUAUACUUUUAUUGUUUUAGGUUCAUCCAUUCUGGCUGUCUUGUUGGCGGGAUAUUUUGCCCAGAAGUAUCUCCCUCCACCAAAGCCGAAAAUUGUUGGAAUUGAUCUAGGAACGACCUACUCCUGUGUUGGGGUGUACCAUGCAGUUAGAGGCACAGUCGACGUACUUGAUGUACAAGAUGACCACCAGUGUAUUCCAAGUGUUGUUGCCUUCAGUGAAUCAGGCCAGAUUCUUGUCGGCUAUGACGCUGUUGCCCAGUCAGAACACAAUCCUGCAAACACACUUUACGAUGCAAAAAGAUUUAUUGGCAAAGUGUACACGGAGGCUGAGAUAGCAAAAGCCCAGAAACAGUAUCCGUUCAAGCUCUCUGGUGAUAAAGAAGGAAUGGUCCAUUUCAUAGUGCAAGUGAAUGGCACAGUAAGACAUGUCUACCCCGAGGAUGUGGGAGGUAUAAUCAUUGGAACACUUCGAGAGGCUGCGGCCAACAAUCUUAGUGGCCCUGUGACAAAGGCAGUGAUGUCAGUGCCGGCAGAAUUUAACCAGCUACAGAGAAACUAUACCAGGAAAGCUGCGGAACUUGCUGGCCUUGAAGUGCUACGUGUUAUAAAUGAGCCUACUGCAGCGGCCCUGGCAUAUGGCCUACAUAACAAACUGGGGCUGGAGAAUGUGGUUGUUGUGGACCUAGGAGGGGGGACGCUGGACGUCUCUCUGCUAAAUGUACAAGGCGGAAUGUUCCUGACACAGGCUAUGGCAGGAAAUAACAGGCUAGGUGGACAAGACUUCAACCAGCGACUUAUGUCACACUUGAAGAAAGUCAUCACACAGCGAUAUGGCGACCAUCUUACCGACAAAGAAGAUCUACAGUCAUUAUUGCUACAUGUUGAAGAAAUCAAAAUCAACCUCACAAAAGACAAAGACUGUGAAAUAGAAGUUUGGCUACAUUCGCUAGGAAAGACGUUCAGUGAGAAAAUAACUAGAACGCUAUUUGAAGAUUUAAACAGGGAUUUGUUCAGAAAAGUGUUAGAGCCAAUCAAAAAGGUUUUAGAAGCUGUAGAAAUGACUAAAGAUGACAUUAAUGAGAUUGUUUUAGUGGGUGGUUCCACUAGGAUCCCUAAGGUUAGACAGUUGAUAGCAGAGUUCUUUGAAAAAGAGCCAAAUACAUCUAUAGACCCUGAGUUGGCUGUAGCCUCAGGUGUGUCGAUACAAGCAGGAAUAAUAGGUGGAAUGUGGCCUUUAACUGUUAGCGCUGUAGAAUUACCGACACAAGUGAAGAAAAUUCAUUUGUAGCAUCUUUUUCUCUGAUGUAAGUCUGGAAAUCCUAUAAAUUUAGGAACAGCAAAAAUGCAUUCAUUAUCUUUUUCUGAUCAGCAAGUUACAUAGAGAAGAUUUCAUUGUUUCUGUGUAAGAUAGCAAUAGAUUUCACUGAGAUAGCAAAAAAAUAUUUAUUUCACUCAUAUUAAUGUUUGGGGUUCAAAAGGUGAAAUAUAUUCAUCUUAAACUGAAAUGAAUUUUUUCAUUUCAUGCUUAUAAUUCAUUAAAAACAACAAUUAAUUUAUAUUUGUUUUGAAAUUCACGCCAAAUUCUAGCCAUAUGACAUCAUAAUGGAAAUGAGAUCAUUAUUUUUUGUUCCCAGCGCAUUGUGUUCACAUUUGUUUUUACAGAUGAAAGGGCUAAAAUAAGAGAAAGAGUGAAAUUUUAUAUUGAUUUAACUCAUUCUUUAUGUUUUCGUAUAACAUUUUAAUACGUACCCUUUUGAAAAAACAUAAAUUUAUGCUUGCGUUUUCAUUCUAAGCUAUGUGUGUGUGCGUGUGUAUGUUCUUUCAGAAGGCCACAUUGUAAAUAAGUCGUGUGUUAUGCUUGUUUAUAAUAUGAUGCCUAUGUCUUAAUGUGUUACCUUCUUUAAAUAAAGUUAUUAUUAUUAUUAUUAUUAUUAUUAUUAUUAUUAUUGUUUAAAUCCACCAUUUUUUUUGAAAAGCACCGAAAAGAUUCUAAUGGGAUUAAUAUGAUAAUCCUUUACAAUGAAUAAAUUAAAAUAUAAUGAUUAGUAAAUGAGCAUAUAUUAUUUAUUUCAAAACUUGUGUACACUGUUGUUUUCAAAAGGUAUUUACAAUCUUAUGUGAGUAUGAAGCUUAUGAACCACACUACAUAGAAGACAACAAAACUUUACUCCAAACUGUAUUAGCAUUUUUAGAUUUUUGAAAAAAAAAUCUUACAAAUAUUAAUUUACUUGGUGCGGCACAAAUAUUAAUUUACUUGGUGCGGCUAUUCAACAUUUUGAAUUUAAAUAGUGACAUUUUAGCUUAAAUAACAUCUCUGUUUUUCAGUAUGAGGUACAUUUUCUUGUUUACUAAAUGCUAGGAACAUAGUGGUAAGAUAUGUUAAGAAAAGAGUUAAAGAAAUUCAAAUUACACAUUUAAUAGUUAGAGAGGAAAUGAUGUCAGUUUUAUGUUGAAUGGCUGCCUCAUGCAAAAGAUACUAUAGUUCCUAUAACUCCACCAAAUUUCAAUUGAUUUCUUACUAGAAUUUGUUCCAAAAUGAAAUCAGUUUACUUAAAAUAAAAUCUUCAUUUAAAACCCAUGUUAGUAUUUGGGUUGUGAUCUCCCAUCAAUAAAAAAACCUCAGUGAAUAUAUUCUAUCACGUCCAGUAGAUUUGCACUUAUUGAACUUUAGUUUUGUUUACAGUGUUCUGUUUAUCUGUACUUUAGCCAGUUACAUGUAAUUUGUCUUUAUUUGGCAUUUAGUAUUGUAAUGAAUUAAAUAAUUACAUGAAUGGAAGAUAAAAGUUUUGACAUUGAUAUCUAGUCAUAAUAUUUAUAAAAAAAAGGUUAUAUUUAAUUUGUUUAAUUUUAAACAUAUUUUGCUUGUUGUCUUGUUUUUCAAAUCAAAGAGGUAUUGUAUUACCAUUUUCAGGGUCAUUGAAGUCAUUGUCCUUGGUGUCAUUGUCCUUGGUGUCAUUGUACUUGAUGUCAUUGUCCUUGGUGUCAUUGUCCUUGAUGUCAUUGUCCUUGGUGUCAUUGUACUUGAUGUCAUUGUCCUUGAUGUCAUUGAUGUCAUUGUCCUUGGUGUCAUUGUCCUUGAUGUCAUUGUCCUUGGUGUCAUUGUCCUUGAUGUCAUUGUCCUUUAAGCCGUCAUCAUUGUCCUUGAUGUCAUUGUCCUUGGUGUCAUUGUACUUGAUGUCAUUGUCCUUGAUGUCAUUGUCCUUGAUGUCAUUGUCCUUGAUGUCAUUGUACUUGAUGUCAUUGUACUUGAUGUCAUUGUACUUGAUGUCAUUGUACUUGAUGUCAUUGUACUUGAUGUCAUUGUCAUUGGUGUCAUUGUCCUUGAAGCCGUCAUCAUUGUCCUUGGUGUCAUUGUACUUGAUGUCAUUGUCCUUGAUGUCAUUGUCCUUGAUGUCAUUGUCCUUGAUAUCAUUGUCCUUGAUGUCAUUGUCCUUGAAGCCGUCAUCAUUGUUCUUGAUGUCAUUGUCCUUGAAGCCGUCAUCAUUGUCCUUGAUGUCAUUGUCCUUGGUGUCAUUGUCCUUGAAGCCGUCGUCAUUGUCCUGGAUGUCAUCAUAGUUGUCCUUGAUGUCAUUGUCCUUGAUGUCAUCAUAGUUGUCCUUGAUGUCAUUGUCCUUGAUGCCAAGGCAAAUUUGGUCAUGGUCAGUCGAUCAUCGUAGGCUCUUGAUUUUUGGUCAUACGGUCAAUGUCAUGGUGUAAAAUGAUGAUCACUCUAUACUAACUGGACGGGCAACUAUCUGGCUACGUAAACUUCUGGUUACAUUCAGAUUUUUGUUAGAACAUUGUUAAGCUGAAAUGUUUAUGGCAAUUGAUAUAUAUAAUCUGUGAUAGAAGAUUUUAUCAAAGUUGUUUAAAUUGAUGCAUGCAAAUGCAUUUUCCCUUUUUAAUAAUCAUGACAAAACUGUUCGGCUGUAUUUGAAUUUCAGAAAUAAAAAUGUUUACAAAAUAAUCCUUACAUGGACUUUUAAACUUUUGUAAUACAAAGCAAACUGUAUUUAUGUUUCUUGAUAAUCUUUUUUAUAUUUUAUUAACAACCAAAGUAUGUGUUCAAUUUCUUGAUAACAGACUUUUACUUAACUAUGUUACUAAUUUUCACUUCUGAUCAGAAAUUAUUAGGGCUUAUAUGAAGUCGAUGUGAAGCAUGAGUUUGUGUUUUGAACAGUUUAUUUAUCUUUUACACUAGACUCCACAUGCCUACAUGUUUUGCAUUUUUAUCCUGAAAAAUUCAGAUAUCUGUUACAUUCCUAUAAACCAUGUUAGAGAUUUUACAAAUAAAUCAUACAAAACAAGUU